AUGGCAGCACCGCCGGCGAGGGCUCGAGCCGACUACGACUACCUCAUCAAACUCCUCCUCAUCGGAGACAGCGGUGUUGGAAAAAGUUGUCUCCUGUUAAGGUUUUCAGAUGGAUCAUUCACCACUAGCUUCAUUACCACUAUUGGUAUAGACUUCAAGAUAAGGACUGUCGAGUUGGAUGGCAAACGGAUUAAGUUGCAGAUCUGGGAUACUGCAGGCCAAGAACGUUUCCGCACUAUUACAACUGCCUACUACAGGGGAGCAAUGGGCAUUUUACUUGUGUACGAUGUCACAGACGAGUCAUCUUUCAAUAACAUAAGAAAUUGGAUCAGAAACAUUGAGCAACACGCUUCGGAUAAUGUGAACAAAGUUCUGGUGGGGAAUAAAGCUGAUAUGGAUGAAAGUAAACGGGCUGUGCCCACUUCAAAGGGGCAAGCUCUCGCUGACGAAUAUGGGAUAAAGUUCUUUGAAACGAGUGCAAAGACAAACCUGAAUGUCGAGCAGGUUUUCUUUUCGAUAGCAAGGGAUAUCAAACAGAGACUUUCAGAGACUGAUUCCAAGCCUGAGGAUCGAACUAUCAAGAUCAAGGCUGAAGGGGAAUCUGAUGCAGCAACGGCACAGAAAUCAGCUUGCUGCGGCUCCUGA